CACAGGCGUGAACGUCUCUCUCUGCCAACGUUCUAGAUCGCUUGUCAUCUGCCCUUAGAGGUCCCUGGUGGCUUUGCUGCAUCUUCUGUCGCGCUGUAAUCUGCAGCGGUGGUGGGCGUCAUAGGCAGGACUUACGAAGACCCAGGAAAACUAGAAAUGGACUCAGUGGCCUUUGAGGAUGUGAGUGUGAACUUCACCCUGGAGGAGUGGGCCUUACUGGAUCCUUCACAGAAGAAACUCUACAGAGAUGUGAUGCAAGAAACUUUCAGGAACCUGGACUCACUAGGCAAAAAAUGGGAAGAUAAUGAUGUUGAAGAGCUGUACAAAAACCAGGGGAGAAAAAUAAGAAGUCAAAAGGUAGAAAGACUCUGUGAAAGUAAGGAGGCUAGUCAUUGUGGAGAAAAUUCCAGCGUUAUCACAAAUCUCAGUCUGAACAAGAAAAUUACCGGAGUGAAACCACAUGAAUGCAGUGCAUGUGGAAAAGUCUUCACACAUCACUUAUCCCUUAAUAGGCACAUGAGCUGUCAUACUGCACACAAACCGUAUGAGUAUCUGAGUUAUGGAGAGAAGCCAUAUAAGUGUAAGGUAUGUGGGAAAGCUUAUAUUUCUUCAAGUUCAUUUAAAAUACAUCAAAGGAUGCACACUGAAGAGAAAGCCUAUACUUGUAAGGAAUGUGGAAAAGCCUUCCAUUUUCGCCCGUCUUUUGAAACACAUAAAAGGAUUCACACAGGAGAAAAACAAUACGAAUGUGAGGAAUGUGGAAAAGCCUUCAUGUGGCUCACAAGCUUUCGAAGACACAUUGCAAUGCAUACUGGUGGUGGACCUUAUAAAUGUAAACAGUGUGGAAUAGUCUUUAGAUAUCAUCGUACUUUUCAAUCACAUGAAAGGACUCACACAGGAGAGAACGCCUAUGAAUGUAAGGAAUGUGGUAGAACUUUCAAUUCUCAGCGAGGUUUCCAAGUACAUCAAAGAUAUCACAAAGGAGAAAACCCCUUUGAAUGUAAACAGUGUCGGAAAGUCUUUAGAUAUCAUCGUACUUUUCAAGCACAUGAAAGGACUCACACAGGAGAGAAACUGUAUGAAUGUAAGCAAUGUGGUAGAGCUUUCAGUUCUCAUCGAGGUUUCCAAAUACAUGAAAGAUACCACAAAGGAGAGAAACCAUAUGAAUGUAAGAAAUGUGGUAAAGCUUUCAGUUCUCAUAAAAGUUUCCAAAUACACGUAAGAAGUCACAUGGGAGAGAAACCCUAUGAAUGUAAGCAAUGUGGUAAAGGUUUCAAUUGUUACCGCGGUUUCCAGAUUCAUGAAAGAAAUCACAAGGGAGAGAAAUCCUAUGAGUGUAAGUGUGGUAAAGCCUUCAUUUAUUACUAUUCCUUACUCUUACACAGAGGAACUCAUACUGGAGAGAAACCCUAUGAAUGCAAGGAAUGUGGGAAAGCUCUCUCCAGUCACCAAGGCUUAAAGAUACACAAGAGGCUGCACACAGGAGAGAAACCCUAUGAAUGUAAACAGUGUGGGAAAGCCUUCAUGUAUCCGUCUGGAUUUCGGGCACACCUGAAAAUACAUGCUGGAAAUAGACCUUAUCAAUGUAAGGAAUGCGGGAAAGCUUUCAUUUAUCCAUCAGGUGUUCGAGCACACAUGAAAAUACAUACUGGAAACAGACCAUAUCAAUGUAAAGAAUGUGGGUCUGCAUUUUAUAUUCUCAGUUCAUUACGCAAGCAUGAAAUGAUUCAUACUGGAGAGAAACCCCAUGAAUGUACACAAUGUGGUAAAGCCUUUAGAGAUUACAGUUACUUGCAAAUACACAAAAGAACUCAUACUGGAGAGAAACCUUAUGAAUGUAAACAAUGUGGUAAAGCUUUUGUUUCUCAGGUAAGUUUCCAAACACAUGAAAGAAGCCACACUGGAGAGAAACCAUAUGAGUGCAAAGAAUGUGGGAAAGCCUUUAGUUCUCCCAGUUCCUUCCGAAGGCAUAAAAAGAUUCACUGGACAAAGAAGCCAUAUAAAUGUAAAGAAUGUGGGAAAGGCUUCAGUUACCGCAAAUCUGUUCAUAGACAUGAAAGGACUCACACUGGAGAGAAACCCUAUGAAUGUAAGGAAUGUGGGAAAGCUUUCACGUGGCUCACAACCUUUCGAAGACACAUGAUAACACACACUGGAGAUGCUCCUUAUAAAUGUAAGGAAUGUGGGAAAGCCUUUAGUUGUUCCACGUCGCUUCGAACACAUGAAAGAACUCACACUGGAGAGAAACCGUAUGAAUGUAAACAGUGUGGUAAAUCUCUCAGAUCUCCUCUAGGUCUGCGAAUACAUGAAAGAAAUCACACUGGAGAAAAACCCUAUGAAUGUAAGCAGUGUGGUAAAGCCCUCAGUUGUCCCAGUUCCUUUCGAAGACAUGAAAGGACUCACACUGCAGAGAAACAAUAUGAAUGUAAGCAGUGUGAAAAAACCUUCAGUUCUCCUCUAGGUUUAAGAAUACAUGAAAGAAUUCACACUGGUGAGAAACCCUAUGAAUGUAAGGAAUGUGGUAAAGCUUUCAUUUCUCUUUCAAGCAUUCGAACACACAUGGUAACACACACAGGAGAUGGACCUUAUAAAUGUAAGGAAUGUGGGAAAGCAUUCAUUUGUCCCAGUUCUUUUCGAUCACAUGAAAGGACUCACACUGGAGAGAAGCCCUAUGAAUGUAAGCAGUGUGGUAAAACCUUCAGUUGGCCCAGUUCCUUUCGAAUACAUGAAAGAAUACAUACUGGAGAGAAACCCUAUAAAUGUAUGGAAUGUGGGAAGACCUUCAUUUAUCGUACAACAUUUCAAGGACACAUGAGAAAGCACAGUGGAGAGAAACCCUAUAAAUGUAAAGAAUGUGGGAAAGCUUUCAUUUCUCCCUCAAGUGUUCGAACACACAUGAUAAUGCAUACUGGAGAGGGACCUUAUAAAUGUAAGGAAUGUGGGAAAGCCUUCAAUUUUCCCAGUUCAUUUCGAAUACAUGAAAGGACUCACACUGGAGAGAAGCCCUAUGAAUGUAAGGAAUGUGGUAGAGCCUUCAGUUGUUACACAUCCUUUCGAACACAUGAAAAAACCCAUACUGGAGAGAAACCUUUUGAAUGUAAAGAGUGUGGAAAAGCCUUCGUUUAUCGCACUACCUUUCGAGGACACGUGAGAACGCAUACUGGCGAGAAACCAUACAAAUGUAAACAAUGUGGGAAAGCCUUCAGUCGUCCCCAUUCCUUUAGAAGGCAUGAAAGAUCUCAUACAGAAUAAAAACCUCUUGAAUGUAAACAAUUUGAAAAGGACAUCAGUUGGCCUUCAUCCUUACAUGUGAAAAUUCCCACUGGAAUGAGAUCCUAUAAAUAUAAGUCAUAUGAGAAAACCCGAUACAAAUUAAUCCAUGUAUAAAGUUCCAAAAAACUAUAACAUGAAAGUCAUUAUAAAAGUUAUAAAUGUAUUGUCUUUAUUUGUGCCUCAUUCUUAAAGUGGAUCUUUGAACUGUGGAUAUUUACUACUUCCAAAAAUGAACAUUGAGGUAAUACUCCUUAUGCAAUAUAUGUAGGGUUUAUAGGUAUUUUCUUCUUAAAUCACUUAAUAACAUUUUUCUUUUUCUAUUUUGGAGCCUGUUUGAUAUACAGGUGAAGUGUAUUUCUAAUAUGCAAUAGAUUUUUAUGUUUCAAUUGUUUUAUAAGGAGUUAUUGACAAAUGAUAUUUUAGUAUUUGUUGGGAUUUCAAAUGGCCUCCUGUGCCAGGUACUGGAUAUCCUAUAUAUUUUCCUUCUUUUUUACGAGAAAACCUACUUUUUUGUUUUCACCAGAAGACCCUUAUUCCAUUUUCCUUGCUAAUAAGACAUAAAUUUGUAAAUAUGCAAAUUUUAUGAUAUAGUCUCAUGUGAAUGACAGUUGACCCUUGAACAGUGCAGGGGUUCGGGACACUGACCUCCCAUGCAGUUGAAGAUCUGAGUAUAACUACAGUCAGCUGUCCACAUACAUGGAUUCCCAAUCACAGAGUUGACGUUUGGGUUGCUGUUAUUGAACAAUGAAAUGUAGAAUUGGUUCUCCUAAAUUGUGUUUUGUCACCUGGGUAAUGAGACCAGUUUUAGAAUAUUUUUUCUUUCUAUGGUUUCAUUUUAGAAUUCACCUGUAGCUUCAUUUGUGUGAGAUUUGGAAUGCGAAAGUAUAGAAGGCAUUAGUCAGGUUUUGGAGUCACCAUACAGGGAGGGACGCAGGUGCACAAGAAUUGAGGACACCUGCUUCCAGCCUGUUUUCCUGAUUCCUUGAUCUGUCAAUCAAGAGUAUCCUCAAAACCACAAUCAACUGCUUCAAUUUUCUCAGACGUGUAGGUUUCCACACAUACCUUCAGAAGUUCCACAUCAAAGAUCCAUCAUUUGGGUUUUCUUGCAAUCUUCCAUAUGUCUACUAGGCAACUAAUUUGAACUUUCAUGGUUUGGAGUAUUUUCUGAUGCUUGCACUUCCAUCUUUCCUGGACUGUAUUCAUAUAAGAUCUAAGUUGUACAGUAAACACCUUGUUCUGGUAAUACUGUUAGUGACCAUGUGUUCUUGAUUCCACUAUGACAGCUGCAAUGGUGCCGUCCAAAUGAACCAGGUUGGAGUUUGUUCCUCUGCUACACUGUGUAGUGACUUCUGUGACCCACUCCUUCCAUGUGAGAUUUGGCACCUUCCUCAUAUCAGGCAGAUUGUGAAUGUUUCCCAUUGCUCACAGCUGUACACAAGUGUGCAGCAAAUUUUUGAUUAUGUGUGUUUGUGGUUAAAAACAAGGUAUUUUUGUCAAAUAAAAUCUGUAGUUCUUAGAAAUAUCUUAUUGUUUUCAUACAGUUUGUAUGUAACAGUUGUGAUUUUUAUUUCCUGAGCACAUAUAUUAAAAUAUCCCAUUGUAAUUAUGGAUUUUCAGAUCAACUUUGUAAUUUUGUCAAGUUAAUAGUUCUAUAUUCUCACUCAAUAUUACCUUGUAUA